AUGGCAUUAUCCCCAACAGCCACAGAGCUUCUCCUGGCCUCCGUUGUCUUCUGUCUGGUGUUCUGGGUGGUCAGGGCUCGGCAGCCUCAGGUUCCCGAAGGCCUGAAGAGUCCACCGGGGCCCUGGGGCUGGCCUCUGCUCGGGCACAUACUGACCUUGGGGAAGAGCCCCCAUCUGGCGCUGGCAAGGCUGAGCCAGCAUUAUGGGGACGUGCUGCAAAUCCGCAUUGGCUCCACACCUGUGCUGGUGCUCAGCAGCCUGGACACCAUCUGGCAGGCCCUGGUGCAGCAGGGCGAUGACUUCAAUGGCCGGCCUGAUCUCUACAGCUUCACUGUAAUCACUGAUGGCCAAAGCUUGACCUUCAGCGCAGACUCUGGACCGGUGUGGGCUGCCCGCAGGCGCCUGGCCCAGAGCGUCCUCAACACCUUCUUGACUGCCUCAGACCCGGCUUCCUCGUCCUCCUGCUACCUGGAAGAGCAUGUGAGCAAGGAGGCUGAGGUCCUCAUCAACAGGUUUCAGAAGCAGAUGGCAGAGGUUGGGAGCUUUGACCCCUAUACCCAAGUAGUGCUGUCAGUGGUCAAUGUCAUUGGCACCAUGUGCUUUGGGCAGCGCUUCCCUAAGGAGAGUGAGGAGAUGUCCAGCAUCCUGAGGAGCACCAAUGAAUUUGUGGAGAAUGUGAUCUCCGCCAACCCUGUGGACUUCUUCCCCAUCCUUCGAUACUUCCCCAUCCCUGCCCUGCAGACCAAGGCCUUCAACCAGAAGCUGGUAUGGUUCCUGCAGAACAUUGUCCAGGAGCACUACCAGGACUUUGACAAGAAUAACAUCCAGGACAUCAUGGGCGCCCUGUUGAAGCACUGUAAAAAGGGCUCCAGAGCUAAUGGUGGCCACAUCACUUGUGAGAAGAUUGUCAACCUUAUCAGCGACAUUUUUGGGCCUGGAUUUGACACUGUCACAACAGCCAUCUCCUGGAGCUUUGUGCACCUUGUGAAAAGUCCUGAGAAACAGAGAAAGAUCCAGGAGGAGCUGGACACAGUGAUUGGCAGGGCAUGGCAGCCCCGCUCUGACAGAUUCCAGCUGCCCUACCUGGAGGCCUUAAUCUUGGAGACCUUCCGACACUCCUCAUUCAUCCCCCUCACUCUCCCCUAUAGCACAACGAGGGACACGACAUUGAAUGGCUUUUACAUCCCCAAAACACUUGUCCUCAUAAACCAGUGGAGGUCAAUCAUGACCAGAAGGUGUGGGGGGAAUCCAUCUGAGUUCCGGCCAGAGCGAUUCCUCACUGCUGAUGGUACUGCCAUCAACAAGACUUUAAGUGAGAAGGUGAUGGUCUUUGGCCUGGGCAAGCGCCGGUGUACAAGGGAGGUCCUGGCCAAGUGGGAGAUUUUCCUCUUCCUAGAUCUGCUGCAGCAGCUGGAGUUCAGCGUGCCAGCAGGUGUGAAAGUAGAUCUAACUCUCAUCUGUGGGCUGACCAUGAAGCACCCCCACUGUGAGCAUGUUCAGGCAUGGCCACGCUUCUCCAUGAAGUGAAGACACCAGCAUGCCAAGGCAGAGGGAGGGGUGAGGAUCGCCCAUGAGUCCACAACCCUUGUUUGUUCCCCUCUUUCUUAAAUGAAAGCUUUGUUGAGGUAUAAUA